CGUCAACCAGAAACGGCUUUACUUUGAAAAAUUCAAAUAUUUUUACAGUUUUGAACAAAAAACUUUGAUAAUUUCGUGAUUAAAUCGUUCAACUUUAAACAAUUCACAUAUUUAACUCUUCCGAUCCAGCCAUGGAGUUCUGCUCGAUUUGCACCGCUUCGUUCGACACCGAAGACCGGCGAAUCCGGUGCAGUGGCCAGAGUUGCGAUCUGGUUUUCCACCAACGGUGCGUCCAUCUGACCGAGAUCCACAUGCGCGCCUGGCUCGACGAUGACGUGGGAUUGUUCUGGUACUGUCCGACGUGCCGGACGAACUUUGCUCCGGUGGCCAGGAAGCGCACAGUGGGAGAGGAGGAGGAAGAACCGUCGGCGGCCAAGAGAAGCAGGAUGGAUCCGUCACCUCGGUUGCCACCGGAGGUUUGGACGAUGAUCUUCCAGCACCUGGAUUCGCGUUGGCUGGCACGGGUGCGGUUGGUGUGCCGCGACUGGAACGAACUGGUCACCACCCGGUCGGAACUGAUGGACCGGUUUUUGCUCAAACUGGGAACAGCACAGUUUGUUGAUAAUCUGGAGGAGUUGCGGCACCUUCUGGCGUUAGGGGAAGGAUACACUCGAGCCGAGUUCAACUGCAAGGACAUUGGCAAGGACAGGCCAAGAGUCGCUUGGUUUGCAGCCCUUGGACAAUCCUUGACCACGCUUACCUGUAGGUUAAUACCUUUCGGAUUUCUCUAUGAGCUGCUCAGAGCUUUUCCGAACCUAAAACGACUUACGCUUACGGAUUGUUUCGAAUAUGGAAAGUCCGUCAAGCCAAACUACGAGCUGAACAAACUGGAGGAACUAACCAUAAAAGAAAUCAAAAACAAGAACUACGGAGGGUCGAUUUUCCCCACACUGAAGCACAUUUGUCCACGGAUCAAGGUUCUAAAAUUUGGCGACUAUUGCAGUGAGGGCUAUAACGGACUCUUCGAUUACAUUCAUUCAUUUGUGCGAGCGGUUGCAAAAACAUUGCAAGGCAUCAAAUUAACUACUCCGCUGUUUGGGCUGAUAAACGAAUUAGUCACGAUGAAUGAUUUGCACCUUAAAAGACUCACCAUCGACUGCAGCGAAGAAGAUCUGCUGCGCUUGAUUCGGAGGCAGCCGACCCUGGAGCGACUUCACUUCCUUGGACAGUUGUCCAAUGUGGCGGUGUUCGAAGAGAUUUCCCAAAUUUUGCCAAAUGUGAAAAGAAUCAAAUUGGCAAAUGUAAAUCUGAAGCAAAAUCUGAGGUCGAACCGGCAGAACAUCUUCCCUCGUGCUGAAUUUAUCAGAGUUCGGCACGUUGGCUCGUCUGACUGUGUUUCCGGUCUAGCCUGCUGCUUGAGUUCCAGUUUGCAGAGUUUGGAACUAUUUGGAGCUUACUUGCCACACGAUGGCCUCAUCAGCCUCCCCCAAAUCGCCACCCGGAUCAAAAGUGUGAGCUUCCGUAGUUGCAGGGUCGAACGUUUGUCGGAUAUGCUUUUGUUCAUUCAGCAGUCGAAAUCGUUGAUCUCGUUCGAGUUGGGCAGGCUUCGUGUCACAACUGUGUGCCAGACCGACAUGCCAGACGCCGCCAACGGACAUUCAGGAAUUCGUCAUUUGAAGUACCACAAUCAAUCAAAGGAUAUUCUGCACGCACUUUUCAAGCUCUGUCCCGCUGUGGAAACGUUGGACAUUGUGCAUGACCUCGUAGAAGAAGACAUGGUAAAGAUGGGACAGCGGUGGAAGCGGCUACACUCGUUAAAACUGAACGGCCACAGCGGACCUGGACAUAGAUUAUCCAUUGAGUGUCUGCGUCCGAUUCCGACUAGUUUCGAACGGUUGACUAAACUGCAGAUCAAGGCAUGUGUAAUUCCUCGAAAAGAGGUUGAGGACGCUCUUCAAGGUCUGCGAAAGGAGGUCGAUUUUUCAAUCCAGUAUACCGUAUACCUGCCGCCACCUCCAUGCAUGAAUCUGCAAUAUCUGUUGUCGCUGUUGCCUGAAUCUCGCUGAAAUUUGAUUCGCUUGCGUACAUUUUG